CAGCAAGACAAUCGGACGAAUCUGGAGGGGCAGAUUUCAAUGGAUGCAGUGGAUGGAGGGAUGAUGGAAGGAUGGAGGUGAGGCCGAGAACAGUGGUGUCAAUGUGAGGUGGGAUGGGUAACAUCUCAUCUUUGAGAGACUUCUGCUUUUCUUUCCUUCUUUCUUCCUCCUUUUCCCCUCACCUUCAUUCACUCUAGCUUCCCUAGGAAGAAUAACACAUUAGUGAAUAUCUUAUCCACCCCUCCUCCCGCUCUUUGCUGCCUUGUCCCUUCUUGAGUUCCCCCUCCCCCACUAUCAGAGAGCCUGGGUUCUGUUAUCGACAACACCCAUUCUUAUCCCCUCCACCUCCGCCAAAAUGCAGGUCCCAUUGCUCCGGCUUCAAUGUGGUGUUAAUAGUUAUGACUGGGGCAAAAUUGGCCACGAUUCUGCGGCUGCCAAGUAUGCAGCUACCUCGUCUGACUCGGACUUCUCGAUAGAGGCAGAGAAGCCUUAUGCAGAGCUAUGGAUGGGCACGCACCCUUCCCUGCCCUCCAAAGAUUUCGAGACCAAGCGGACCUUGCUCGAUAUGGUCCAGGAUAACCAGGCUCUGAUGUCUGCCGAGGUCAGCGAGCGAUAUGGCGGGAAGUUGCCGUUCCUGUUCAAGGUGCUUUCUGUCCAGAAAGCUCUUAGCAUCCAAGCGCACCCCAACAAGAAGCUUGCAGAAAAGCUCCACGCGAAAGACCCUCGCAACUAUCCUGAUGACAACCACAAGCCUGAAAUGGCCAUCGCGAUCACUCCCUUCGAAGGCCUGUGCAGCUUCCGUCCCCUCGAUCAGAUCACACACUUUCUGAAGGCCGUUAAACCUCUCCGGAAUCUGGUUGGAGAGCAGGCUGCCAGUGACUUCGAGCGCACCGUUCGGGGUUCCGAGAGUUCGGAAGACCCCGAGGUAACCUCCAAGAACAAGGACGCUCUGCGCACGCUCUUCACCACACUUAUGAAGUCGUCCCCCGAGGACAUCGCGGCAGCUACGAAGGAACUAGUCGAAGCCACUCAACAGCCAGACACGUUUGCUACCUCGUCCACCUCUCCCGAGUCGAAUCCUAGCAACCCGGCCGAAUUGGCUGCCAUCAUCACUCGCCUUAAUGGCCAGUUCCCCGAUGAUAUCGGUCUCUUUGUAUUCUUCUUCCUCAACUUCGUGAAACUCGCUCCCGGUGAGGCUAUGUUCCUGAAGGCCGACGACAUCCACGCCUACGUUUCGGGCGACAUCAUCGAAUGCAUGGCGUCAUCCGACAACGUCGUGCGGGCCGGGUUCACCCCCAAAUUCAAGGACGUGGACACGCUCACGGAGAUGUUGACGUACUCAUAUGCGCCCAUCGAGGAGCAGAAGCUGCAGCCGACCGACUACCCGUACGUCGUGCUCAACGCGCCGGCGUACUCGAGCGGCUCAUCCUGUCUGCUCUACGACCCGCCCAUUGAGGAAUUCAGCGUCGUCAAGACGGAACUCCGGAGACCCGGUGCCAAGGCGACUUUCGACGGCCUGGUCGGCCCUAGCAUUCUGAUAUGCACGGGCGGAGCGGGAAAGAUCACCGUUGGCCACAAGUCGGAGGAAGUCAAGGAGGGCUAUGUGUUCUUCGUAGGCGCCAAUGCCGAGUGCAUUGUCGAGAGCACCGACAGCGGAGAGGAGAUUCCGUUCGUCACAUAUAAGGCGUUCUGCGAUCUGACUGGCAAGGAAGACAUGGCGAAUGGCAAUUAGGCUGUAUGCAAGGUCAGUUUGCCUCAUUUGCGUCAUGUCCAUCAGUCCUACAUAAAUAUUUAAUUUCGGGUCUAUUUUCAAUCUGAAUUAUCUUCGGAUGUAUAUAAGUCUGGUCCAACCUGUCACUUUGUUUGCUGUGCAUCACAAGAGAGAGAGAGAGGUCAUUUUCACCCGUGCCGGGACAUGUCCAGCCUUUGUGAAUCUGUUUGGAUCUCCCACACUCGAGAAAAGACGUCAGGAGUAUAAGUAUGAAGACAUGGCUUAAUAAAUA